CCACUCGGUCCUCCGGUAUCCCGUCAGCAUGAAGGCAGAAGCGCGUAGAUCAGAGAAGCUCUGUGCACAUGCUUUCUCUCAGCUACUAGUUUAACUAACUCACAGUUAGCCAAGAUGGCGGAUUCAGACGAAUGGGACGCUGACAACUUCGAGCCAAGUGAGCCGAUUAAAAUUGCCACCGCCGGACGGCUGGACAGAUGGGAAGGCGAGGACGAGGAAGAAGACGUGAAGGAUAACUGGGAUGAUGAGGAAGAGGAGAAGGAGGAAGAGAAGAAAGUCGAACAGAAAAUAUCUGAAGUGAAACCUCCUGAGAAGAAAAAACUAAGUGACAAAAUAAAAGAGAGAGAACUUUUGCAAAAGAAAAAACAAGAGGAGUUGAAAAAGAUUCAAGAAACGGCAGUUAGUGAGAGUCUGACGUUAGAGGAGCAGCUAGCAGAAAAAGCUCGACUGAAAAAGCUGCAGGAGGAGGCAGACAUGGAAUUGGCCCGUGAGGCUUUUGGUGUGGAUCCUGCUGCUGCAAACGCCUCAACUACUGUUAACACAACUAACGCCUCUGGAAUUGAAGCCAUGUGCCCUUCAUCCAAAGAUGACUUUGUUACAUUUGAAAAAUUACUGAAAGAAAAGAUAACGCAGUUUGAAAAAUCCGUGCAUUAUUCAAGCUUUUUGGAAUCGCUGUUUCGAGAGCUUUGUAUUUCAUUGGAAGUAGAUGACCUGAAGAAAAUAUCUAAUUCUUUAUCGGUUCUGCUCACUGAAAAACAAAAGCAAGAAAAGGAAAAGAAGGCAAAUAAGAAAAAGAAAAAAGGUGUUGUACCUGGUGGUGGAUUGAAAGCAAACAUGAAAGAUGACUUUGCUGACUAUGGUGGUUUUGACGGUGGCUACGGCAAUGAAUAUGAUGACUUCAUGUGACAAAGGAUCAUCAUUCCCCUGCCCAUUCCCUCUGUGCCCAGACACCUCUGCAGACAUGCAACAUUACCCUUUUCAUGCUACUUGUUGCCAUCUUGAAAACUGAACAAUGUGUCAACCCUUUCCAGUGGUGACAGACUCUUCAUAAAGCUGCUAUCAGCCCUUUGCACCCCAGCGACAACUGGGGAGAAGCAAAUUUAUUCAGAUGGCCUUGAAUUUAAAAUGGACUGUAUGAUGUGGGAUAUUUUUUAUGGAGGCAUUUGCUGAUUGGCCAAAAUAUGAAUUCCAAUGCCUUAUAGAGAACUUUGCAGAAUCCCCCUCGCCCCGGUUGAAAAUUACUUUGUUUUUAAAGCUGUGCAAUUCCAGUUACACAGUAAAUGUGAUUCUCUAUGCAAAUUAAUUUCUUCCAAGAAAGAUUGGUUGUAUUUUCUUGCAUUUUUUAGCGCAAUUGGAAAAAAGUUGAAAAUUAAGAAUCAAAAUUUAAUGAUUAAAAUUAAAACAACACGAGUAAAUACAGUGGUAAAAUCAAAGUAAAAACUAAGCAUCUUAAUCUGUUGAAUUUUGGCCAUGCCACAGAAUUGCACAAUAGCCUACUUGUGCUGUUGUUUGUUAAGCAAAGUAUAUUUUAAAUUAAGUACUCACUGCUGCACGCUUGAUCAUUGGUUUAAUGAUAUUCAAUUACUGCUCUCCUGAUAAUGUGGAACAUUUUUAUCCUCUUGUUCUGAAGCAAAAAUGCACAUUUAUUUAUCAACAAAAGUGUUAAUAAAAACAGUUCAAUACAUUUUUUUUUUUUUUUUUUUACAAAUGGUUAAAUUGGACUCAGA